GCUGCUGCUCAGCAAACAGCGCCAGAGCUGACAAGAAAAGAAAAAAAUACAACAACAAAUAAAACAAAACACUGCCACCUCGCAACAAUACAACUAUAACAACGAUAGCAACAACAACAACAACUACUUCCACUACAGAAGAGUCGCCAAAUUCAUCCCCUACUCCUUUGUAGCUAGUAAAAAUUGCUUAGGAAUUAGAAGAAGCAACUAAAAAUAGAUAACAAAAGAAAAAUAUAAAGAAAGAACAACAUCAGCAAGAAAUCCCGUUAUGGAACGCAUGUGGCGCAAAGUGAAUCACAGCCUGCGCAACAGCAAAUCACAAACGCCGUCGCAGGCAGCACAGUCGGCCAACGCUGCUGCUGGCGCCGCUACCGGCGCUGCCGGCGCAGCUGCCGGCAUUAUAACGCCACAUUCGAGUGACACCAUCAGCUCUGCGGGCGGCUUUGGUGAUGCGCAGCUCGUGGUCGCUGUUCAAGGUCUGCCCGGCGUCGGCGUCGGCGUGGGCAGCGCUGCCGGCGGCAGCAAUGCGACCGGACGCCGUUUGGCCAGCAGCGGGCAGCCGCCAUCGAACUGUCACAAAUCGCUUAGCCAGCACGUUUUGCAAACGCGCACCGCCUCAUCGGAGCGCCGGCGUCGACGUCGACGCAAGAGCCGACCGCGACGCAGCGGCGGCAUGGCCAGUGUUACCAGCUGCGUGGGCGAUGCUGGCGGUGAUAACAUGUCUUCCUCGGGCGGCUUCUACACGCUGAAGGAGCACCCGCACCAGCAUCAGCAUCAACACUAUCGCCAUGGCCACGGAAUUGGCACAGUCUCCACAUCGCAGCGCCUGUUCGCCAGCUCAGCGCCCAGUGGCACCGUCAUGAUGUAUCCAAAUGCACAGCGUGCGCCGGUGCUGGCCAAUGCCGCAGCAGCAGGCGGUGCAGCAGCAGCAGGAGGAGGAGCAGCAGCUGGCGGAGGAGCAGGAGCAGGAGCAGGAGCACAAGCAGCUGCUGCUGCAACGCCGCCGGACAUCUCGCUGAGGCAGCGGGCGGUCGCUAAGCUGCGCAUGUUCAACUUUCACCUUAACUGGGAUCUGCACAUGACGCACUGCAAGCCCUGCGGGCCUCGCUUGAGUGGAAGUGGAAAUAUAAUAACACGACGGCUGUGCCGCAAUCGUCGACGUGAGGACAAUGAGCUCUAUCGCUCGAACAGCUUCAAGUUUGAGCGCUUCGAGCGCAAGGAGUGCCUCGAGGAGCUCUCCAACACGUUGCAGAAGCAGAUUGCCAUCUGUGAUGAUUACAGCCUGCCUGUAGACUUUGUUAAGAAACGACCGUCCAGUUUCGAUCCCUGCCUGGCCGAGGCAAUACCAACGAAUCCGGAGCAUUGGAUAGCGCCGAGUCCACAAACUGAAUUUCUGCCAUUUAACGAAGCCCAACAAGCGCCGCAGCAACAGCUACAGCAACAGCAGCAGCAACAGCAAUCGACUGCAGCAGCAGCAGCAGCUGUGCCACCGCCGCCGCCGCCGCUUGCCUCCUUGGCAACGCUGCCCAGUCAGGCGACAACUGCAGCGGCAACUAUUUUGGGCGGCAGCAGCAGCAACAAUAACAACAACAGCGGCAGCAACAACACUUGCCAGCAACAGCAACAGCAGCAGCAACAGCAGCAAUUGCAUGCGCACAACAACAAUACAUUGCCAGCAGCACCGCAGCAACAGCAACGCGGCACUCUGCAACAUCCGCCGCUGCCCAACAGCAACAUCAAGCAAGCCUCUGUCAAACUGAUCGAGGGCUACUCCGAUCCGAAGGACACGCGCCACCACGGCCAGCACAAGAAGGUCUAUCACAAGAAGGCCAAGCGUCGCUCGGCGCCGUUGCACAAGCAGCGCCAGCAUCAGCAGCAGCAGCAGCUGCAAACGUUGCCAACACCGCGCGGACAUCAGCAGCAGUUGCAGCAACAGCAGCAGCAACAACAACAGCAGCAGUUGCUGCAUCGCCAUUCUACGUACAACAACAACAACGGCAAUCACAAGAAGGACAAACGCAACAGCCACUACAAUUCAGAUUCCUCGGCACCCAAGUCCUCUGACGAGGAGGCGGACAUAGACGAGGAGGUAGAGCGUGCCGCACCACCAACAGCAGCAGCAGCUGGAACCGGAACCGGAGCUGGAGCCGCAGCGGGAGAUUUGCUCAAUUCACCGGACAGCAUAUCGGAUGAUCUAGUCCGUCCGUUGCCCGCUCAACUGCAGCGCAGUCCACGCAAAUUGACGGUCGCCCAGGCGGAGCACAGCAAGCGACAGCCGUCGCCGUACUACUACUCGGACUUGCUCAAGACUCGCGACAAGGAGGAGGAGGGAAGGAAGCCGACGCUCGAGCGCGACCGCGAGGCGAAGCAAAAGUGCCGCCAGUCCACGGCCAGCGAGCCGCCGCAGCAGACCCUCACGCAGCCCCAUCGACUGGGCGGCUAUCGCAAGAGCAGCAGCCUCGAUGCUCCACAGUCUCAGCAACAACAACAACAGCAACAACAACAGCAGCAGCAGCAGCAGCAGCAGCAGCAGGAGGAGCAAUUGCUGCAGAAGGGAGACGACGCAGAACUAGACAACGAUCCAGUCGAGCUCGAGGAGGCGACCUGCCUGACCGAGCAGUCGACGCCGAAGCGCUACAGCUUCACGGAGGAGGGCGUACGCAUCAUACGCUGUGAGACGCCCAGCACCAGCACCUCGGAGGAGUCCGACUGCAGCGAGUGCCUGAAGCGACGCGAGUGGCACGCGCGCGCCUUGGCGCUGGUGCGCAAGACGUGCAACGUCCAGCCGCGGCAACAGUUGCCCAUUGGCAGCGGCGAGUUGCAGUUGCAGCUGCAACAUUGCGACGCCGGCGAGGGGGAGCUGCUCAAGUGCUGUCCACCAGCAACUGGAGGAGGUGGAGUAGUGGGCGUGGGAGUGGGAGAUUUAGCGUGCGAGUCGAUGCCGCCGCACCGCCUGCUGGGCCCAGCAGCCGUGUGCGGAGCCUGCAUACCGACGCCCAACAAGACGAUUGGACUGGGCCACGGCGAUGAGGACCAGCUGGAUGAGCUGGAGGAGUACUUUAGGCCACGCAGCAUAUUCUACGUGCAUCCGCAUGGCGUGCACGAAUGCGUCGAAUGUGCGCCGCCAAUUAAGCUAGAGGAGCAGCAGCAGCAGCAAACAGCAGGGGCUAAAGAGCAGGAGGAGCAGCAGCAGCAGCAGCAGCAGCAGGAGGAGGAAGAGGAGCAGGAGCAGGAGGAGGAAGGUGAGGAAUACGAUUCCGACAACAUGGCCAGUCGACGCCGACAAAUCUAUGAGACGGCCUUCGAUUGCAAGAUAGCCAAGUCAGACGAUGAUCUCGAUGAGGUGGAUCGCAUCACCAAUCACUCGGUCUUGCUGCAGCUCAACAGCAGCAGCAACAGCAAUGGCAACGAGCUAUCCGUGCCGUCCAAGUCGCUAAGCAAAAGCCGUCUCGAAUGCAAACGCGCCAAGAAUAGCAAAAAUCAGGCGCUGCAGCAGCAGCAGCCACAACAGCAGCAGCAACAACAGCAGCAGCAGCUGCAGCAGCAACAGCAGCAACAACAACAGCAGCAGGAGUCGCCUGAUGGACAGUGUCAGGUGGUGCUGCAGGUGCAGGCAGAGCUCAGCCAGCUGCAGCUAAGCCAAACAGCAGAUCAGCAGAAUCAGAAUCAGCAACAGCAACAGCAACAACAACAACAGCAGCAACAACAGCAGCAGCAGCAGCUGCCCACGCGUGGCUACACGCCCUCGCCGCCUUCGACGGCGCCGCUGCCCAUCAAGUUUCCGGGCAAGCACGAGCGCUACAUGAAUAGCAUAAAGAGCGCACCGAAUCUGCCAGCGACGCAGCCGGCGCAUCCGCGACUGCGCGACUUGCGGUUGCCCUUGCAGGCAUCGCUGCGCCAGCACCAGCAGCACCAGCAGCAGCAGCAGCAACAGUUGCAGCUGUGCGCGAGCAGCAACGACAACAGUCUCACCGACAGCGCCUACGUGAAUCCGCCCUCAACAAACUCGAACUCGAACUCGAACUCGGCUGUUGCCUCCACCUCGGCUUCGUCGCGUCGGCCGCGCAGCUUUGUGCUGGAGUCGGGCCGCGUGCUGGAGCUGCGCCGCAGCGCCCAUCACCAUCAUCAUCAGCAGCAGCAGCAGCAACAGCAGCAGCAGCACGCGCAGCAGCAACAUGGCAAGCAGCAGCAGCAGCAGCACUUGCCCAAACCCAGGCACAACUACAGCUCCACCGAGAGCAUUGCCACCUCCUCGAGCGGCGGCAGCAUGGAGUCGUUGCGCAGCAGCACCAGCGAGGGCAACCGCAGCACCUCCAGCUCCGAGUCGCGGCACUCCAGCUCGCUCAGCUCGCACAGCUCCGAGAGCAGCAACAGCAACAGCAAUAGCAACAGCGCCAGCGCCAGUGCCAGUGCCAGCGCCAGCGCCAGCGCCAGCUCGAGUGUCGCCUAUCCGCUGCGCGCUCCGGUGCUGCUGCACUCCAAGCUGCACAUACUCAGCCCCAUAUCGGACAAGUCCUCGCAGGAGCCGGCCUCCGAGCAGUCGCAGCAGCCGGCGACAGCAGCCGCUGGCGCAGCCAGCCUGCAGCAGGAGGAGGCCUCGGCCGAGGCUGCGGCCGCUGCAGCUGCUGCUGCUGGCAGCUCGUCCGUGCCUGUCCAGCUGCUGGUGAAGCAGCAGCGCAGUGGCAGCCAGCGUGCAGCGGCGGCGGCUGCGGCUGCGGCGCCCAACAAGGCGCUGCUGCACCUGGCCGACGAGCUGCUCGGCUCGGACAGCGGCAUCUCCUUGCACUCGCGCGAGGAUGGCAAACCAACGACUCUGGCGCUGCAGCGCCUGACGCUGCCCAAGCUGCAGCUGGGCAAUGGCAGCGCCGCAGAUACGUCCUCGUCGGCGGCAGCGGGCAUCUCCUCGGCAGCCACAGCGGCUGGCGGCGGUGGCGGUGCAGCUGGUUCCUCGGCGCUGCCGCAGGAGCUGCGCGACUUGCCCUUCGACAUGCCCAAGCUGCGGCGCCGCAAGACGCUGCAGCAGGAGGCCGCCUGCACCUCGGGCAGUGCCACCUCCGUUGACCUGGGCGAUCUGCCCUUCGACAUGCCCAAGCUGCGCAGGCGACUGCGCGCCAAUCAGGCGGAGAUCAAUAAUCUGCUGAUGCACAGCACCGAAUCCAGCGGUAUCUCGCAGGCAUCCUCCAGCCACUCGAUGCGCGACGAGCAGAAGCUGGCCAGCAAGCUGGACACAGCGCUGUUUCGUCAGAAUCUGACGUUGAAUCUGAAUGAGCCGCGCCAGGUGAACAAACAGUUUGGCAGUCUCGAUCUGCGUGGAUUGAGCAGUCACAAGGAGCUGAACAUGAAUCUGGGCCAGGGCUACGUAACGGCUGUCGAUCUAAUAGAUGUGACCAUACCACUAGAGCGUCAAGGCUGGUACCAUGGCGCUAUCACACGUAUCGAGGCAGAGACAACGUUGCGUCCCUUGGCCGAGGGCUCGUUUCUGGUGCGCAAUUGUGAGUCCACCAAGCAGGACUAUUCCCUGUCGCUCAAAGGCGCCAAGGGCUUCAUGCACAUGCGAAUACAGCGCAACGAGGCGGGGCAAUAUAUCCUGGGCCAGUUCAGUCGACCCUUCGAAACGGUGCCCGAUAUGAUACGACAUUUCUGUCUGAAUCGCUUGCCCGUCCGUGGAGCAGAGCACAUGUGUCUGAUUGAGCCGGUUAUAGCGCAGCUGCUGUAAACUAACAGAGCUGUUAACGCCAAAAUGUUAACUUGAGAGAUGUCAAAGCCGCGUACGGGCAGAGAAAGCAACAUACAUAUUGAUAUAUAGCACAUAGAGACAACUCUAUAAUAUACUCUUUAUACAUACAUAUAGCGUAUAUAUCGAUCGAUGUCAUAUGCUCUAGUCUUAAUUACAAAUUGUUUCUACUCAUCUCACUCUGUUAUGCUCUCUAUAAAACUUCGUUUUGGAUCCAUUAGCACACAGAGCAGCAAACCCCAAUUAUGUUAGAGCAGAGUAUUAGCGAGACACACGAACUAUGUAGCUUAGUAUUAAACAACAUGAGAAGAGGAAGUAGAAUGAGAAUGAGAAAGAAAGAAAGAAA